CUUCUUUCUUGCCUUUUUUUCGACAAAUGUAAUUUCUUCUCCUUUAUUUCACACAACUUAUUUGCUCAUACUCUCAUACCAGUCUUGUCUCAGUAAUGCAGCAUCAGCAGCAUGACAAGGAACGACAGCAGCUUCCGCAAACAUCUCCAACUUUACCCUUUGAAGUGAAAAAAGGAAAUAACGACCACUAUAAUACAGAUGAACAGUCAACUGAUACUAUGAAACGUUUACAUUUCCAAACUAUUUACCGACAUCAUGAUACAAGUACUGAACAAACAAAUAUAACAAAUAUAGAGCGUACAAAAGAAUUUACGCCCUCCAGGUUAAGCUUCAUAAACGGCCAUUUACAACACUUCUUAAAGACGUUAUUGAAAUAUCUGUUCAGAGAUAACAAUUUACCCUUAUGGAUCAAUACAAUAUACCAUUUAUACACAGCUAGAAUAUAUAUAUUUCCUUACAAACGAACAACAACGGGAACCAUAAGGCAGUACGAGCAACUUACAAAGCUGCAAGGCAUACAUCAUCUUUCUUUAGGGCUACUCUCCCUGUUUGCUUUGAAAGAAAGAAGACUUUCUUACGAACGAAAUGCCUUGUUUCUCCUGACUUUGAGUUCAAUCGGACGAUCGUGGUCAUAUUAUCAACCUCAUUCAUAUGUGCGGUCGUUGAAAGAAAUAGGACUAUCGAAUCUUGGCAUAACAUUAAUUUGUGCUAUUGCAUUGGUGAAAACAAUAAAGAGAACAAAAAAGUUUAUUUAAGCCUGUUUAGCGCUUUACUCGAAUUCUUUCACAUUGUAAUAAAGAAUAGUAGAGUCAGUACAUAUAAUGGCUAACUAGCUUACUGUAUUGGGGUAUCGACAAUAUGACUAUCAUUUACAAUUCGAAAUAAACCAGCCAUACGUUUAAGAGUCAAGCUCUCCUCUUCUUGAAGGACAGGUAUAAUAAUUAGUUUUUCAUU